AUGGCCGGACGGUUUGGGAGUUUGGUGCUGUGGCUGCUGGGAGCUGUGCUGCUGUCAGGACACGUCUUCAUGGAGACAGAUGCCGACUUAGAGGGACCUGGUCCACAUCUGGUGGACCGGCCGCUGGUCUCCAAUCAGCUUCUUCACAGACGACACGUCGCUUUAACUCGGAGAAGAAGGAACGUCUUGUUUCCCAGCGGAGUCAAACUUUGUACCCAGGAGACAUUGGACCAGGCCGUCGACAACCACCUGAAGUACUUUCACCUCAGAGUGUGUCAGGAGAUGGUGUGGGAGGCCUUUAAGAUCUUCUGGGACCGGCUGCCGGAGCGGGACCAGUACCAUGACUGGAUCCGUCGCUGCAUGGACGAGUCCGUCAGCGUCCAGAACAUCGGACACUUCUUCAGCCAAUCAGAGGAACACUACAGCCUCAUCAGGAGCAGAGUCGCCACGGCUCCUGUGAUGAACAGUGUGGCCCUCCCCUCAGGCCCUCCUCCAUGCAGCUCUGAGACGAGUUCACCAGAGGAAGAUGUUAUCAUCGCCAGAUCGGACACAAUCCCAACAAACAAAGAUAACCUUCCCCUGGCCUUUGAGGUCACCGCUUUGGCCCCUACACUUUUUGCAACCGCUGGGGCUCAAGAUCCUGCUACAUCCAGGACCAAGAUCCCAGUGGAUAUGACCCCUGAGUCUGCAGUUGUUGCCUUGCCAGACAACCCCAGAGAUAUCCAGGGGACUGGAAGAGGCUUUGCUUCAGAAAGCCGACCUUUGAUCAUCGCUGGAACUCUAAAGUCUGAAGAAGUAGAUGUUGAGAACAUUGCAGAGGAAACUGUGGAGGUUGCUGCCUCUGUUACCCACAAGUCCUUUGAAGGGAUUGUUGAGGAAAAUAAAACUUUAACAGAAGAGGAGGUUGAGGUCUUUCCUGGAGAUGUAGAUGUAUCUGCGACAACUGAGGUGAUUCACAAAGUCAGUCCAGAAGGUGAGGAGCCACCCUCAGAGGUCAUGGCUGAAGUGGUCCUCACAGAGGUUACCAUUGUGGUUUUCACUGUGCCCACUACAUCGCCUGCUGCAGAAGGUGGCACAACGGACAGUUUACGGCACGAAGAGCCUGCAGCUCCAUCAGAAGUUGUGACCGAGCAAACGCCAGAGACCACAUUUAAGGUCAUUGAGAAAAUUCCGGACAAUUCUUUAGACGCCACACCAGAUUUGUCCUUGAAGGAGGAAACCAUUGAUUCACCAGAGCCAACUGAUGAAAUAGUACCAGAUGCACCUGAAAUAGCUGUGGUGGUUAUUGAAGAACCUGAAUGUGACCUAUCGAAACCACCUGUAGAACAUUCUUUAGAGGAAAUUUUAGAUGUUGAUGAAAUCAGCACAGAUGAAACUCCAACUUUGUUUUUGUUCACAGAUUCAGAAGAAGAGAUAUUUAUAAACGUGACUCCAGUCUUGGAAAUUGAGGUUCCUUCCCAGGCUUCUCUUCUGACCACGACCACAGUAGAAAUUAGUAAAGAAGUUGGAGACAAACCGACGCUCACUUCUGAACCUGUUGUCGUGAUUUUACAAGAUAACCAGGAUGAAGACACCUCCUAUGUCACAGAGGAGGUUCCACCUCAUACUACAGUGGACAAGACAGGCAAAGGAAUAAUAGUAGAGGCAGCAGAAAAAGAAGAACUGACAGAAGAGACAAUUAAAGGUGCAGAAACACCUGAGGCACCUAUAGAACUUGGAGACAAAGAAGAAACAAAUCUAACAGAAACUGGACAAGAACCUGUUCUAGAAACUGUACAAAUAGCAGAACCUAUUGUAAAUGCUGAAAAAGAAGCAGCAUCUACAGAAGGAACUGCUGAAGAGACAGAAUCUAAAGGAGAACAAGAAGUGGAACAUGAGGAAGAAAUUGCUGAGGAGAAGGAACCUGCACAAGAAGCAGAACCUGAAGUAGUGACUGAUGAGGAUAAAACACAAGAAACAGCUGGAGGGGAACCUUUGAAGGAUACAGAAGAGGCAACAUGUGAGGCCUCAUUGGAGAUAUCAGCAGAACCAGAAGUUGCUGUGGAAGUCAAUCCCGAGACUUUUGAUGAAACUACCCCAGAGUUCAAUGAAGAGAUCACUCCAGUUAUUGUUCCAGAAGAUACAGAGCAUUUAUUGUCUGUGACUGAAGUGGAGGAAACACCUUAUCCAGAGGUAACAGUGGAACUUCUAGAAGGCCCUGAGGUAGAAAAAUUACCAGAAACCACCAGGAAGAGUACUACACAGGUGGUUGAGCCUACAAAUGAAGGUCCAGAUUCUGAAUUGUUCCAAGAGGCACAGAGUGAAACGUCUCCAGAAGUUGUGACUGGUGACCAUUUACGGAUUAUUACCACAGGGGGAGGAAGAACUAAGCCAGAGGAGGUCAGUCAUGAGGUUCCUGAUGAACCUGUCCUUGAGGAUGGCGUCCAAGUCGAGGAUGUUGAGGGUAUUUCUGAGCCUCCAGUAGAAGUCACAUCUGAGGCCGUCGCUCAGGAAAAGCCACACGAUAUUGCGGUGGAUUCCACUCUGGAGAUGACAACCAAGUAUGUAUUGGAGUACAACAACGGCAACUUCCCCGAUCUGACUGAGACACCACGUGACGUCGAUGACAACUCACUGGAAAGAAAUGACUUUGAGAACUCGAUUGGUAAUGAGAUAGACAACACUGUGCCGUGGCCCUUGACGCCCCUGAAGGACCAGGUGGUGGAGCUAAGCAUCAAGCUGAGAGGAGAAACCUACAAUGACGCUCUGAGAGACCCGAGCAGCUUCCAGCACCAGCAGCUUGCCAAACACUUCACCCGCAGGAUCGAAGACGUCUUUGAGAGGCUGCCGGGCCUCAAGAACGUCUCUGUGAUUGAAUUCAGGCCUCAGAAGGACCUGGAGAGGGGUCUGGUGGUCCUGGUCCACUACGCCAUCACCCUGGAGGUGGACAGCAGCAGUGGCGUCGCAAACGACACGCUGGACUUUAUCUCUCUGCAGAACAACCUGGUGGAGAAGAAUUACCCCGGAGCCGCCGAGCAGCCCACCGUCGUCUACACCAUCACCGACUUCCGCAACUACAUCACCGAGGCUCUGCACAAGGACAACUUCAUGAGCAACAGCAGCUUGGAGACACAGCCAUAUGCCCUGCAGCAGGAGAAUGUGGAGAACUUGCUACCUGCUUUGAAACCGACGACUGGACCGGCCGACACCUCUGACAACAUGGAUAACGUCCUCACUGCAGAGAAGCCUCCCGAUGCUCCGAGCCACGAGGUCGACCUCAACAAAGACGACUUCCUGUUCGACCCCUUCUACGAGCAGAAAGGCCCACAGGGCCCCCUGGUGAGCGAGAACGAUGUCUUCAUGUUCGACGAGAGCACGAAUCCACCGGCCGCUGCAGAGUUCCCCGAGAAGACCUUCGACCUGCAGAGAGAGAAUGAGGGAAAUAUUGAAGAUGAGGAAUUCCUCAGUAACGCGCCUGCCGUCGGAGACCACUUCCCCCGAGGGGAUCAGGUGGGUCCUGGAGGAUCCGUUCCCCCCCCACCGCCGCUGAAACCGCAAACGGGCUCCGAGGUCACGCUGGACGAAGGAUCUGGUUCUGGUUCCUCCGGAGAUGGACAGGGAGCUGAUCUCUGGUCCUGGCCGCCGACAGUGUCCUCUGACCGGAUCCUCUACGAGGAUGGAGAAGGCAGUCAGGAGGUGCUGCCGCCGCCGGAUCUGGAGGAGACCAAGGACAAAGAUGAGGACGAGGAGACAGGUGGUGUUGAGUUGCCCCCCACUGAGAAUGAAGAUGUAACAGCGAUGGAAGUUGCUUUCACCAAAGCUCCCCCUUUGCAGACAGCUCCUGCUUUUGAAGAAUCAUUGCUGGAUGGAGCCAUUGAGGAAAUAUUCUUGGAUCAGGUUUUGGUGACGCCCCACAUCAGCACAGAUCCUCGGCACUCAACCACCACCGAAGCACCGGUGUUCUCCCCCAAAGGAACCAUGACCGUUGAACUGUUAGUGGAGGAAUCUGGUAUCUAUGAUGACUACUCCUUGACCAGACCACAUAACCUUGUGGCUCCAGUUACGGAUUCUCCUGAGCCUGAACUCUGGACUCGCGAGGACCCUGUCUUUACAGGUCCAACUGAUUCGUCAGUCAAGCUUCCAGAAACCACUGAAGAUGUGGAAGCAGCGGCAGAACCUCCUGCUGCUACAGUUGGCUCUGAAUCAGAAAAAACGUUUGAAGUCCCAGAUACUGUAACCUCCUCAACUGAAGAAGUCCAGUCAGAACCCAGCUUUGACUCGACUACCGAAGAGCCAGCAGAAAUUCAGAUAUUCACUGGAAAACCAAACCUGCUGCUACCAGAAACCAAAGACCAGGAUGAGGUUGAGAUUUUAGAGGAACAACACAUCGGCGUCACUGAUCCUGCCACAACAACAACGGCAACAGUUGGUCUCAAAGACAACGAUCUGGUUAUGGAUGAAGUCAUGGUUGUGAUGACAACGACUGCAACUCCAGUCCUCACUUCCUCAGUGAGUUCGGACCACAGUGGCAGCAUCGCGCUUUCACCUGAGAAGGACUCACCGUUUACCCGAGUGUCGGAUUCAGCACCGGAGGAUGAGGAACCAGUUCACCAUGAGCACCCAAACCAUGAAGAAGAGUUUCCAAUGAGCACUCCUAAUUCAGGUGUUCCUCAUGUUACACCAUCAUCAUCAUAUCAAGGUGAUCUAAUGUCUCCAGGAGCUUCAGUUCAGGAUGAAAACGUAUUAACCACCUCCGUGAAUACUUCCGAAAGUGAAUCAAGCAGCAAAACCCUCCAAACAACGACACCCUUGUUUCAGCAAGUCCACAACGACCCCCCUGUUACCGAGAUCCAACCCUUUAAUCACGAUAUAUCUGAGGUUCCGAGCAUCGACGUCAGCUUUGAUUUGUUCCAGUACGGCGAUGUGGCAACUGAAGGUGACAGCAGCGGAUUCUCCAGUGGAGCUCAGGGGUCGGACCUGGACGCCUUCGCCCUACCGCCCCGCCCCGGCAGGGCCCUUACGGUGUUCUUCAGCCUCAGGGUGACUAACAUGGCGUUCUCCAUGGACCUCUUCAACAAGAGUUCCCCCGAGUACAAAGCCCUGGAGCAACAGUUCCUACAACUGCUUGUCCCGCACCUUCAGACCAACCUGAACAACUUCAAGAACCUGGAGAUCCUCAACUUCAGGAAUGGCAGCAUUGUGGUGAAUAGCAGGAUGAGGUUCGGUAAGCCAGUUCCCAGAGGGGUCACCAACGUUGUGUACCUCAUCCUGGAGGAUUUUGCCAACACUGCAUACCAGACCAUGAACCUGGCCAUUGACAAAUACUCGCUGGACGUGGAAUCAGGUGACCGGGCAGACCCCUGUAAGUUCCAGGCGUGUAACGACUUCUCCAGCUGUUUGGUGAACCGGUGGUCCGGAGAGGCCGAGUGUGUUUGUGAUGCCGGCUACCUGAGUGUGGACGGCCUGCCGUGUCAGAGCAUCUGUGAGGUGCAGCUUGACUUCUGCCUCAACGACGGCAAAUGUGACGUCAUCCCUGGCAAGGGCGCCAUCUGCAGGUGUCGGGUGGGAGAGAACUGGUGGUACCGCGGCGAGCACUGCGAGGAGUACGUCUCCGAGCCGAUGGUGGUUGGCAUCGCCAUCGCCUCUGUGGCCGGCUUCCUCUUGGUGGCGUCCGGGAUCGUCUUCUUCCUGGCGAGGACGCUGCGAGAGCAGUAUGACGGCGGAGACACGGAGGACCCGCUCCGACGGAGCGACAGCAUGCUGACGCUGGAGCGAGCCAACAAGCUGAACCCCGUGUUUGAGAGCGACUCGGUCACCGCCCAGUACUACCGGCGAUACGAGGACGCACCCCGGUACAGCAGCUCCAGAGACCUCGACAAAGACGAGAUGCAACACAUCUUCCAGGACGUCACUCUCACCAAGGAGGAGAUCCAGGAGCGUGUGAGGAUCAUCGAGUUGUGUGCCAGAGAUCAGCAUUUUGCAGACUUUGUGCAACAUACUCAAGUAUUCCUGAAGAGGAGAGAAAGUUCGAGCACAUAGCGAGUCCUGAGCAGCGACCUCGAGAUAUCUGCCUUCAUCUUCUGCCUCCGAUCGACUCACCCGGAGGUGAAGGUGACAAAACGUUUGGAAGUUUAUCUUUAAAGGACGCUCUCCAGUUCUGAACUUUGACCUCUGCAGGGACGCCGGUCCUUCUCACCUUCACCUUUAAAUCCUGUGUUGUUUGUUUUUAACCCUUCAGUCUGUGCUCACUGCUCUUCCUCGUUUCCUCUGAGAAGCUCUGUUUUCUGCACUCUGAAGGCUUCAGCUACGUCUUCAGCUUCGUCCCAAAGGGACUUCUCUGUUGGACAACCUCCAGACACCUCGCUGGAGGUUGUUGGAGGUUGUUGGAGGUCGCUUGACAUUCAGACUCUCAGCGUUCCUCUUCGUCAGUGCCUUCAUCGCCCUGCUAGCUUCUCUGGGAUUCGAUGCGUAGACGACCCGGAUCAAUAAUAAUAAUAACUCCCGAUCAGCUGCUGAACCAACACCAAUGUUUACAUUUCUCAAUCCACAGUGUUUCCGCAUGUGUAGGACUCGUGUAGCUGUCGUUUUGUCUUUGUGUUUCGUCAACAAACAGAAAUAUGGACCACAGAUUAUUGAUUAUCUGAUUGGAGAGAAACGUCGCCUGUUGAGGUUCAGACAGUUCAACAUGUUUCACUUUAAACUUUCUUCUCAGAUUAUCCUCCAGUCUAAUCAAAACCCAACAUUGUUUGCAGACAAUAUGAUUUUGAGUUAUUGUUUGUGUGAAGUCAGUAAAAACGAAAAAGAAAAAAAAGUUUGGGUACCAAAAGCAAAAUACAAAAUACAUGAAAUGAAAGUAUUGGAGUGUUAAAACUAUAAGUAAAUAUAAAAGUACGGACAGGAAGGCCAAUAAAAACCUCUUUAUUUGAAAUACUUUUCUUUGUUUGUUGCUUUAACGGACAGCGGAUGUUUGUUGUUUAGAAGCUGUUUGUUUGUUUGUUUUCUAGCCCCCCCAUGAACUCCCAUCCAGCAGUUACAACCAGUCUUCUGUGUCUUUGUGUGUUUGCUAUGCCGUUGAUUUUAGA